AACCCCAGUGGCGCUGUGUCACCGUGUCCACCGGGUGGGGAUGUGACUGAAGGCCCUGGUCACAGGCACUUCUUCUCCAGGAAGCCUGCCCUGACUCUGGCACCCCAAAGCUCCGCAUCGGGUUCUGCUUCAGCUGUAUUUUCACCGCAUCUCUCCAGCCCUGCUGCCCAGAGCCAGCCUGGGGGCAUGCCAGGGUCCCCCCAGCCCUGGGAUGACCGCGGCCAGCCAGGCCAACCCCUACAGCAUUGUGUCGUCCGAGGAGGACGGGCUGCACCUGGUCACCAUGUCGGGUGCCAAUGGCUUUGGCAACGGGAAGGUGCACACCCGGCGCCGGGGCCGCCCCCGCUUCGUCAAGAAGAGCGGCCAGUGCAACAUCGAGUUCGCCAACAUGGAUGAGAAGUCCCAGCGCUACCUGGCCGACAUGUUCACCACCUGCGUGGACAUCCGCUGGCGCUACAUGCUGCUCAUCUUCUCUCUGGCCUUCCUCGCCUCCUGGCUGCUGUUCGGCGUCAUCUUCUGGGUCAUCGCCGUGGCGCACGGCGACCUGGAGCCCCCCGUGGCCGAGGGCCGGGAGCGCACGCCCUGCGUGCUGCAGGUGCACGGCUUCCUGGCGGCCUUCCUCUUCUCCAUCGAGACGCAGACCACCAUCGGCUACGGGCUGCGCUGCGUGACCGAGGAGUGCCCCGUGGCCGUCUUCAUGGUGGUGGCCCAAUCCAUCGUGGGCUGCGUCAUCGACUCCUUCAUGAUCGGCGCCAUCAUGGCCAAGAUGGCCCGGCCCAAGAAACGGGCGCAGACGCUGCUGUUCAGCCGCCACGCCGUGGUGGCGCUGCGUGACGGCAAGCUCUGCCUCAUGUGGCGCGUGGGGAACCUGCGCAAGAGCCACAUCGUGGAGGCCCACGUGCGGGCGCAGCUCAUCAAGCCUCGGGUCACGGAGGAGGGCGAGUACAUCCCGCUGGACCAGAUCGACAUCGACGUGGGCUUCGACAAAGGCCUCGACCGCAUCUUCCUGGUCUCCCCGAUCACCAUCCUGCACGAGAUCGACGAGGCCAGCCCGCUGUUCGGCCUGAGCCGGCAGGACCUGGAGACGGACGACUUUGAGAUUGUGGUCAUCUUGGAGGGCAUGGUGGAGGCCACGGCCAUGACCACCCAGGCCCGCAGCUCCUACCUAGCCAGUGAGAUCCUCUGGGGCCACCGCUUCGAGCCAGUGCUCUUCGAGGAGAAGAGCCAGUACAAGAUCGACUAUGCUCACUUCCACAAGACCUACGAGGUGCCCUCCACGCCCCGCUGCAGUGCCAAGGACCUGGUGGAGAACAAGUUCCUGCUGCCCAGCGCUGGCUCCUUCUGCUACGAGAAUGAGCUGGCCUUCCUGAGUCGGGAUGAGGAGGAGGAGGAGGAGGAGGAGGAGGACGGAGAGCAGGAUGGCUUGAGCCCCGAGAGCAGGCACGAGUUUGACAGGCUGCCGGCCGGUGGGAGCAGCAGCCAUGAUCAGCGGCCCUACAGACGGGAGUCAGAGAUCUAAGCAGACCCCAGCCAAGGUCCAGUGCCUGGCCCGGCAAGAUGAGGGCCAGCCAGCGCCCCCUAAGCCUCCGGGUUUGAGCGGGAAGGCCAGGCGCCCAGAUGGCAGACUCAGUAGCGUGCUAGCCAUUUUUCUGUUUCUUUGCCGUGUCCUUUGAGAUUGGUGGGGGAGUGGGCAGCCCCAGCCUCCAAGGCCGGAGCAGCAAACGUG